AUGAAAAAAGAGUGGCAGUGGACCGAGAAUGAACAGGGCAAGAUGACUAUUGUGGAAAUGCCGGAAUUGCUAAAGGCCUGGAACAACAGCUAUGAGAGUGCCAAACCUUUGGCUUCGGAUGAAUCCAGUCUGCUGCAUCAGGACUGGCAAUUUAUUUUGCAGGAUCAGGAUCCGGAUCUGGCCUUGCAAAAUUGCUGCCAUGAUUUUGCUCAUGGCCUGUAUGCGCCGAUUCAUCAACAUCUGGAGUGGGUGAAAUAG